GAACUUUGACUUUGAGAUAACUGCAUUUGUUAUCAUAAGCGUUGUUACUUCUGUCUCCGUAUUACAAAUUUCGUCGCCGAAAGCAGGAAAGAUAUACUUAUUUAAUUGGCUGCUAGCGCACAAUUAAGAAAGUGUUAACAAUUUUUUCGCAGUUCCUAUGUAAGACGACCUUUAAAAUUGUAAUAAUAAAGAAGAUUAUCCAGUAUUAAAAACAGGUCGUGUUUCACAAGCUAAGUUGGUGCGUAGUUCACAAUGUCCUGAUAUAUGGUUAACUACAUUUAAAUUGACUACGACCUUAGGAUCUAAGUAGGGAUUAUAUAUUGUUUGUCAACUUACAGAUUAUGGGGCACUCAGAUGAAUACACGAAUUCUUUUAGGAAUGUUUCCGAAGAGGGAGAAAUAUUGGAGCGACAAAUUCUUGCUUUUAAUAAAAGAUUUUUAGAAGUGUACAUUGUUGUCUCACUCAUCUGUCUCAUCGCCAAUUUACUUAUAAUUUUUGUUACUUUAAAGUAUAAGCGAUUACGUCAUGAAAAAUUGAACAUAAUUAUUCUCAACUGGGCCAUAAUUAACUGCCCCUUUGUCCUAAGUGUCCCUAUAACGUUUGGUUUAGCUGUUUAUUUAACGCAUUUGACAGAACGGAGUACGUUUUGUUUUGUAAAUCACAUGGAAUAUACUCUGUUUUUGAUGGACAUCAUAUUAAUUGUAAUUCUAACCCUUUAUUGGUACACGAAAUUGUAUCACACGGAAAAACACAAAAAGUUCGACCAACACAUCAAAUGCGUUUUAAUAUUUCUAUACAUUUUUUUAAUAUCACUCACGGCUCUGAAUAUAGAUGCUUGUUACAAUUCGCGGAUGUUUACAGUCAUAGGACUGGUUUUGGUCUUAACCUAUUUGGCUUUUAUGCUAUUUAUGCCCAUCAUAAACAUCGUGCAUGCUGUAAAAAAACGAAGACUUGUAGAUUACAGCAACAGAAAAAACGUCCCGUUUAUGUUAUCCAACAUAUUGUUCUUGUCUCACUUGCCAGCUUUAUUGGCCGUAUUCAAUGUACCGCUCUUCGGCCUUCCUACGAUUCUGAUACUUAGGAGUAUAGCUUUUUGCAUUGGAACUUUAAACCCGGUUUACUUUUUGGUUGUUUUGUACCUCUGCGACAGGAAUUACAACACAUUUUUGAAGCACGUGUUUAGUUGUAGAUGCAGGGAGUACAAUGACGAACUUGUAGAACCACCUGUCAGUUAUAAUAAUGGAAUUGAGAAUAUAUGAUGACCGAA